ACAGGGUCAUACAUUUUCCUGACACCUCACAGUGAGGGAAUAAUACGAUAAACCGUCUGUUACUUUCGACUGUGGGGGAAAAAAGAAAAUAUUAUAAAGCAUUGAACAUUAUGGUAGAAAAAUCCAUGAGAAAUUCAUUCUGUUUGUUAGCUUUUAUACUGUGCUGUUUAUGCCGUGACUCAGCCACAGAACCCAGCGAGAAUGAGCCACUGAAAGAUGAUGCAGUCUAUAACUUUUCUAUGGAUCCAGUAUUGCUUCAUGACCGGAUCAAGUACAAUAUGCGGAAGUCUUUGGAUCUUGACGAUGAUGGCUGUUACCUCCAACCUGGGAAAAAGGAAAGCCUUGAGGAGUGUGGCUUCAAUACCACAGCCAAGACCAUUCUGAUCAUCCAUGGCUGGACGAUGAGUGGGAUGUUUGAAAGCUGGAUGCACAAGUUGGUGGCUGCUGUUCAGAGGAGGGAGUCUGAGGCCAACGUAGUGGUGGUUGAUUGGCUGGGUCUCGCCCAUCAGCUUUAUCCUGAUGCCGUCAACCAUACUCGCCGGGUUGGACGGAGCAUUGCUACCGUUUUGGACUGGCUCCAGGAAGAGCAGCAGCUACAACUUGAAAACCUCCACAUAAUUGGAUACAGUCUGGGCGCCCAUGUUGCUGGAUAUGCUGGAACUUUUGUAAAUGGAAACAUUGGACGUAUAACAGGUUUAGACCCAGCUGGUCCCAUGUUUGAGGGGGCAGAUUCCCACAAGAGGCUUUCUCCUGAUGAUGCAGAUUUUGUCGAUGUCCUUCACACAUACACACGGGGAGCUCUGGGUGUCAGUAUUGGUAUCCAGGAGCCCAUUGGACACAUUGAUAUCUAUCCCAACGGUGGGGAUGUACAGCCAGGCUGUUCCUUAGGGGAUGUGCUGUCUACUGCUGCCGCAGGAAAUUUUGUAGAAGUCAUGAAGUGUGAACAUGAGCGGGCAGUACAUCUCUUUGUGGACUCCCUUAUGAAUAAGGACCAUGUGAGCUACGCUUUUCAGUGUACCGGACCUGAUCGCUUCAAGAAGGGCAUUUGUCUGAGCUGUUGGAAAAACCGCUGCAAUAGCAUCGGUUACAAUGCCAAGAAAACACGUAAGAGGAGAAACAGUAAAAUGUACCUCAAGACUCGUGCAGACACACCUUUUGGUGGUUACCACUAUCAGAUGAAGGUGCAUGUUUUUGAUAAGAAGCAAGCGGAAGACUCUGAUCCCACAUUCUACAUCAAACUGUAUGGAUCCCAUAACGACACCAAUAAUCUCAGUGUAGACAUUGCCGAUGGAGUUGGUUUAAACCUCACAAACACAUUUCUUGUCUUCACGGAAGAGGAUAUUGGUGAGCUGUUAAAAAUUACUCUUCGCUGGGAAGGCCCUUCUGAGUCCUUGUCUUCCAUAUGGAAACACGUUAAGUCAUCGAUCUGGUCGUGGUCGAGUCAACCGAAAGAAAAAGUUCUUGAGGUUCGGAGGAUCCGAGUCAAAGCAGGAGAAACCCAGAAGAAGUUCACCUUUUGUGCACAAGAAACUGAGAUCUCACCAGGAAAAGAGAUUACAUUCCUUAAAUGCCGUGAUGGCUGGGAGGUUAAACCUAGAAAACGAUUGCACUACUGAGAGAAAGCACUGUUACCCAUAGGGACCCAAGGCGGCACAGGGACUCAGCACUUUUGUUUUGGUACACGUUUUUCAGGAUAAUGUACCAGUUUGUUUUGAGUGUGUAGGACACAAAUUGUGCUGCUCAAAUGGCCAGCUCGGAAGGGUGAAGACUGGCUACUGGACUUGCUCAGGGCAUUUUUUUUUUCUACCAUUGGGCUGUUCUGGAUUGUUUGAGGUUCUGGAUAGAUUUUUGUCUUUUGAUAGUGUUUGGAUAUUUUCUAUUGUUCUUUAAAACCUCCUUGUGGAUCUCAGACUCUCCUAAACAACUCCACCUUCAGUUUAUAUAUUUUUGUAAGUUUUUAAUUUAUGAAGGAAAAAGCACUGCAAACCGAAGCCUAUUUAUCAACCUAAUGCACACCAUGUACCAAGGCACAAAUUUAUUCUCUUCCAAGUUACCUUGUGACCACUUCUUUUACAUGUGUGUCUGUGGAUUUCAACAGCAAGAAUGUUUUUAUAUGAAUUCACAGUAUUAUAAAAGGUCAAGAAAAUGGAGAGAGAAAUGGUCUAUUUAUCUUCAUAAAGAAAACGUUGUUGCACAUUGUGUGCGUUAUGUACAUGUUUUGUGUAUAUAAUGUAUAUAAAAUGUAAGACUUUGUAAUAAAAUUACUUUGGAUUCUCAUUAAA